CAAUUGUGUUCUGCCAUAUUAUAAAAAUUGGGAAUGUCAUCUAAAAAAAUUCUAUUUUGGUUUAAAUUUUGUUCAAAAAAUCAUCUACCUACAUAUCGCUAAGAUCUAUAAAAAAAAACUUUUUAGUUGCACAUUAUAAGCAGUGGUCAGGGGAAUCUAAUAUUCUAGAUUACAUGUGCCUGAAACUAUUUCUGUGACUCUUUAUUUUUACAAUUUUUUGGCGAAUAUUCAAGUUCAUUGGCAAAUUUCUGUAGGACAGGAACUAAAAGCAAACUAAUAUUUUAAAGCUAUUUUAAAUAAAAGAUACUGUGAAUUUACAAAGUUGAUGUGUACCUAUACUUUUCGUUUUGCUGAUUAUAUGUAUGGAUAUAAAAAAAGAUUAAAUUGUAUUAUAAGAUAAAAAAGCUUUAAAAAUACAUUUAAAAUUCUUCAGCGGAGCUAAAAUUAAAAUAUGAUUAAGCGAUUUGUGACAUUUACAAAUAAAUACAAGAUUAUACGAGGAGUCUUAUCAUAUGGUGCAUUAUGGCCUUGUGGUAGCCUUAUCGAACAGACGCUUAUAGAAAAGCGGUCCUUCGGAAACUACGACUGGGUUAAAUGUUUUAAAUUUAGUAUAUUUGGUGCGUUCUUUAUGGGUCCUACACUAUAUGUUUGGAUGCGGUUAGCAGCAGUCAUGUGGCCAAAAAGAGAUGUUAGUUCUUCAAUUUGCAAAGCGAUUACCGAGCAGGCAUCAUACGACCCAAUGGCUAUAUCAGUGUUUAUGUUCACAAUGAGCUUAUUUGAUGGGAAAACUUUUAAUGAAGCACAGUGGGAAGUAAGGAACAAGUUUUUCGAUGCCUACAAAGUGGGAGUUAUUUAUUGGCCAUGUGUUCAAACAGUGAAUUUUACAUUUAUACCACAGCGAAACCAGGUGGUAUUUACAUCAUUUUUCAGUAUGUUGUGGACCGCAUUUUUAGCGUAUACAAAAUAUUUAGAAAUUCCCGACGUAGACUUGGAGCACCACGUUAUUGAUAUUCAUUUCUUGGAAAUGUAGUACAAAUAAAAAUUGUUAGUUUAACUUCAGAGAAUAAAAACGAUGUAAAUAUA